AUGGGAAAGUGGCUCUCAAAACUUUUUGGUAGUAAAGAAAUGAGAAUAUUGAUGCUUGGUUUAGAUGCUGCUGGGAAAACAACUAUUUUAUACAAAUUAAAAUUGGGACAAUCAGUUACGACUAUCCCAACCGUUGGAUUUAAUGUCGAAACAGUUACAUAUAAAAAUGUUAAAUUUAAUGUAUGGGAUGUUGGAGGACAGGAUAAAAUUCGCCCUUUGUGGAGACAUUACUACACGGGUACCCAGGCAUUGAUCUUUGUUGUCGAUUGUGCUGACAGAGAGAGAAUUGAUGAAGCUAGAAGCGAAUUACAUAGAAUAAUCAAUGAUCGCGAAAUGAAAGAUGCAAUUAUUUUAGUGUUUGCCAAUAAGCAAGAUAUGGAAAAUGCUAUGAAGCCUCAAGAUAUUCAAGAAAGACUGGGUUUAAUAAAAAUUCGCGAUCGAAAUUGGUAUGUUCAGCCAUCCUGCGCAGUAACAGGCGAUGGGUUAUAUGAAGGUCUAACAUGGCUUACAGCAAAUUGCAAGAAUUAA